AUGAAUAACAACGAUGCCAACGUAAAAAAUGGUCCUUUACCAAAUGUUCCAUCAAAAAGAGGACCUUCGAGUAAAGAAAACCCCGAAGAAAAAAAAGAUCUCUCACAAACAAAAAAAAUAAAAGUUAAUGGCGAGAAAAACGAUAACCAAGUAAAAUUUGUAACAGAAUUUGUCAAGAAAGAAGAUAUAAAGACUCCAGAGGUUCGUCACGAAGUAGCCUACGGAAAACUUCCUUAUGAUCUUUCACGUCCCGUCGCGAGAAUAGGUGAACCUGCUAGGACUUACCCAUUUACUUUGGAUCCUUUUCAAGACAAAGCUAUCGCUUGCAUUGAAAGAGGUGAAUCAGUUUUGGUUAGUGCCCACACCUCAGCUGGUAAAACAGUCAUUGCAGAAUAUGCAAUUGCUCAGAGUUUAAAAAACAAACAAAGAGUCAUUUACACAAGUCCAAUUAAGGCUUUAAGUAACCAAAAAUAUCGUGAAUUACAACAUGAUUUUAAAGAUGUAGGAUUAAUGACAGGUGACGUGACUCUUAAUCCGAGCUCUAGCUGCUUAGUAAUGACUACAGAGAUUUUACGUAGUAUGUUAUAUAGAGGAAGUGAAGUUUUACGGGAAGUGGCUUGGGUUAUCUUUGACGAAAUUCAUUAUAUGCGUGACAAAACACGUGGCGUAGUUUGGGAAGAAACAAUUAUCUUGAUACCCCGUAACGUACGUUUCGUGUUUUUAUCAGCUACAAUACCAAAUGCACUUGAAUUUGCUGACUGGAUUUUGUACACUGAUUUGCGACCAACACCGUUACAACAUUAUGUUUUUCCUGAUGGAGCAGAUGGUAUAUUCCUGGUAGUUGAUGAAAACGGUUGUUUUCGGGAAGAUAACUUCCAAAAAGCUAUUUCUUUCUUAGAAAACAAACAGGAUCCAACUAAUCUUCGUAAUAAAAAAAUUAUAUCGGAACAUACGAAUGUUUUUAAACUCGUAAAAACUUUAAUGGUGAAAAAACUUAAUCCUGUUAUUGCAUUUGCUUUCUCUAAGAAGCAGUGUGAGAAUUUAGCACGACAAAUGAGUACUAUGGAUUUCAAUAGUGAACUUAUAAAGAAGGUCAUUGAUAAUGCUCUCAGUGUGUUAACAGAAGAAGAUCGUGAUUUAUCGUGGUUUCGAAACCUUUUACCACUUUUACAACGUGGGAUUGGUGUUCAUCAUUCAGGUUUAAUACCCUUUAUGAAAGAGGUUGUGGAACUUUUAUUCCAGGAGGGCUUAAUAAAAGUAUUAUUUGCUACUGAAACGUUUGCUAUGGGAUUAAAUAUGCCGGCAAAAACUGUAGUGUUUUGUGAACUUUCCAAGUUUGAUGGUAUAAAACCAAGAAAUAUAACAUCUGGAGAAUAUAUUCAGAUGUCAGGUCGUGCUGGUAGGAGAGGAUUGGAUCCUCGUGGAUUUGUUGUAAUGAACGUAGAUCGUAAUAUCUCUCCAAAAGAUUUGCAAGACAUGUUCAAGGGCGACGCCGAUCAUUUAACAUCAGCUUUCCAUUUAAAAUAUCAUAUGAUUCUCAACAUGACGAGAAUCGAAGGUAUAAGUCCGGAACUUAUGUUGGAACAUAGCUUUUAUCAGUUUCAAAAAAAGUCUGCCGUACCACAUUUAAAAGAAGAACUAUGGAAACUUGAGAAUGAAUGUUCAAAAUUUAAUAUUCCCAAUGAAGAAACUGUUUCUCGAUAUCAUCAACUCCUGUUACUUAAUGAUGAUUAUGGGAAACGACUAAGAGAUAUUAUUUUUCAACCAAAGAAUUGUUUACCCUAUUUACAACUCGGAAGAUUAGUAAAGGUCAAAAUUAAUGAUACGGACUUUGGAUGGGGUGUGAUAGUACGUUAUGAAGAAAGAAAGAAACGUAAUCCACCUCAAUAUAGUCUUCGAUCACAAAAAAUUGAAAAAAAUGAAGAACCGCAAUAUAAAAUUAGAGUACUACUGAAGGUCACCGCAGAUUCAUAUGUCAGCUAUGACGGAAGAGAGAUCGAUAUUAAACCAUGUCCGCCGGGCCAACCGGGAAAUUGUUCGGUAAUCCCCGUGGAUUUAGAUAAUUUACAGGUUUUAAGUCAAUAUCGCUUUCAUCCGGAUGAUAAUUUGGAACACGACGUCGCUCAAAGACAGGUCACGUACAAAGGUGUUCAGGACCUUAUUAAGCAACAUCCCGACGGUGAGCCAAUGGAACCUAUAAAUCAAAUGAAUAUAAAAGAUGAAAAAGCUAAUGAUAUAAUUCAAAAAUUGGAAAUGAUUAGAGCUCAGCUUGAAUCAAACCCAACCGCUAAUGACCCUGCAAUAUAUGAUACUUAUAAGAAAAAACUUGACAUACAAGAAAAAAUUCGUACUGCUCAGAAAAAGAUUCGAAACACUGAACUAACACUACAUUUUGACGAGCUAAAAAAAAGAAAGCGCCUAUUACGUAGACUAGGGUAUUUGACCCAAAAUGAUGUGGUUGAAUUUAAAGGGCGUGUCGCGUGCGAAAUUACUUCGGGUGAUGAAUUAGUAUUAACGGAAUUGCUUUUGAACGGAAUUUUCAAUGAUCUUACUCCGCAAAAAAGUGCUGCUUUAUUAAGUUGUUUUGUAUGUGACGAGGCUUCGCAAAAAGAUCAACCAACGCCUCUUUCCGAAGAAUUUGCUGUAUUAUAUCGUCACGUUCAAGAAACCGCUCGAAGUAUAGCUGAAUUAACUGAAGAAUGUAAUAUACCUAUCGAAAAAGAUGUAUAUCUCGCAAGCUUCUCUUCAGAUUUAAUGGACGGUGUAUUUAAUUGGUGUAACAAUAUGAGUUUCAAAGAAAUCUGUUCUCGAAUAAAUAUGUUUGAAGGCAACAUUGUACGGAAUUUUAGAAGCUUAGAUGAAUUAUUACGCGCGAUGAUUUCAGCAGCUAAAAUAAUUGGCACAUAUGAGCUAGAAUGUAAAUUCUCUGAAUCACGCGAAAAGCUUAGACGAGGAAUAGUAUUUGCAGCGUCGCUAUAUCUAUAG